CUUGAACUCUAUUCUCUCAGAAAUCAAAAUCCAAAUAGUUCUUCAGCUAUGCCGGUAGCGAAAGUGACCAAGGAUGAUUCCGCGAUCCGAAAUGUGUCGAAUCCGUUGCGUUUUAUCCGCUCGCGCUCGUGUGGCGAUUUGUCGACGUUUGACCCAGCCUUUGACGAUGUGGUGGGAAGAGCUGUGGAGAAGAACUCGUAUGCCAAACGUCUCAAGCCCCUUGUUCGACAGCUGGCAUUGCUGUCUCUUGCCCGCAACCUGCUCUUCUGUGCAGCCCUUGCCGUCAGGUGUAUGGGACUAAUAAUUGCAGUGCGAACUGGCGGCGAGCUUGAAAAUCAGGAACGUGACAACCAGGAUGAGUCAUACAUUCCCCGUCCAUUCCCCUUGGAGUAUGUGCCUGCUCUUCAGGGAGUAAUUCUUGCCUGCUCCCUUAUCGAUUUAUUCUUCGCAUUCUUGCUGUGGAACGGUGUGCGGAAGAUGCACGGAUCAUGGUUCCUGUCGGCAGCGAAUCUUCGGGACGGCACGCGGAUUUCCAUCGGCUGCUAUGAAAGUAAUUUUCUGAAAGAACACCUAGAGGAGCAUUUCACCUACACCGUACUAGGCACAGCCUUAAUGCUGCUCGUCGUGGGGCUUAUCGAGUUCUUCUAUCCGCGAUUAUUCUUGGGUCUCUGGCUUUUCGUUCUCGAAACCUUCUGGUAUUAUUCUACCGUGGAUGCGGCGGGAUACGCAGUGUUACGCGCAUGCGCAUUGUUAUUGGCUACACUCCCGUGUAUCGGCUUAGCGGUGGCCGGUUUGAAUAUCGCUCGCAAAUCCCGUCCUAUAAUUCUGCAGUUUCGCCAAAUCUUCUAUCACGAGAUGCACCUUGAUAUUGCCUUUGAUCAGUGGGACGACUCGAACUUGAUUGGGUGGUUCUGCAAGAAUUGGCCUGUGUUUCGUUACCGAGUGCCACAUUGUGCGUGA